AUGAUUAGUUACGGUGACAAAGAGGAAAAUUUGGAUGGUUUGUUUAAGAGGAUGAAAAUAUAUGAUAAUCGCAAUGGUCGAUUGAGCCUGAAGAGGAUGAAAAGUGAAGACGGAUCAGUGGAUCGAUUAAGGUAUAAGAGGACGAAAAUAUACCACAAUCGCAUCAAAGACGACGAACCAGUGGAUCGAUUAAGUUCAUUGCCUGAUGAUAUCCUCCUCGAGAUUCUUAAUCUCCUUCCAGUCUGUUCCGCCGCCGCCACCGAGUGUUUGUCGAAGCGGUGGCGCGGAAUCUGGACUCAAAUCAUAGACCUCGACUUUAACGACUGUUUUCAACGAAACGAUCAAGGGUUUUACAAUAAGGUUGGCGAAGUCCUCCAACGAUUCACCUCGCCGUUUAUCCGUUCAUUCAACCUUCCCCUUUAUUGGCCUUACCCUUGCAGCAAGUUUGCAUUUGAUCUUCCUCAUCUGAAGAAGCUUACAGUGGAUCUUCAUCAUCAUGAUUUUACAACCUUAGAAAAUCUAAUCUCUUGUUGUCCUUCUCUCGAGGAAUUGUCGUUUGAUGUUAAAUUGAUGACUACCGAAGGUUAUGGUAAUGGUAAUGGUAAAUGUAAAUAUAUGAUUAUCGGUCCUAAGUUAAAGCGGCUAAAUAUGUUGAUACAGGCUUAUUGUGGGAUUGAGGUUGUUAGGAUUUUCGCCCCUAAUUUGAAAUACUUGUGUGUUGAUACUCGUCGUCCAUUUAGGGUUCAGUUUGAAACCAACCCAGUUAAGAUUGACGAAGCAAGGAUUUCAACCGAGUGGCAAUUUCCUAUAAACGGGAUUUAUAAUGUUCGACAUCUAACACUUGAUAUUGCGGGAUUGAUUGACCAGCCUUUGAGACUGAGAACACUCCCGAACCUCACGCAUUUGAAUCUGAAGAUUUCUCCUUCCACAAACUUAAACUUGUUGAAUGAGAUGAUGGGUUUCCUCGAAAAGUGUAUCGUGUUGAAGGACCUAACUCUCGACCUCAAGUUUAAUGAUGAUGUUCUUUUCUCAGGAAUUAAUAUUAAUUAUUUAGUACGGUCGUUAUGGCCGAAAGUCGAGUAUCCAAUUUAUGGGUGCAUCCUAAACAACAGUGUGGAGAGGAUAAAGAUAGAGAUAUUAAACUUUGAGAAUGGACUUUACAUGUAUUUGGUGAACAUGGUGGAAUUCUUGCUAAGCAGUUGUCAUGUUUUUGAACUGGUUAUUGUCAAAUCUACUUGCCCAGGUAUUUCUGAAUGUGGCGACUUUGAAAGGCUAUUCUGCAAGGAAUUGUACGAGAUUGCAAGCAAAUUGACAACAACAAGUGUAAUUCAAUAUCAUGGAAGGUUUGAACAAGUAUUUGUUAGGGGAAGUGGGAGCAGAGUUAUUACAGGACCUGAUGAUUGCAUCCUCGGUUUCCAACAAAUGAAGUUGUAG